AUGGCACAGUCCACCAUCUCAGUGGACCAGGAUGAGUUCAGCUGUCUGAUCUGCCUAGGUGUACUGAAGGAUCCAGUGACCAUUCUCUGCGGGCAUAGUUACUGCAUGAGCUGUAUUAAGAAUUGCUGGGACAAGAAUGAUCCUGUCGGAGACUACAGCUGCCCCCAGUGCCAACGGACCUUCCGCCCCAGACCCCCGCUGUUCAAGAACGUCAUGCUGGCGGAUAUGAUUGACAAGAUGAAACGGACAGGACCCGGGAUCGUGGCGUGCGACGUUUGCCCCGGGGCCGCUCAGAGAGCUGCCAAAUCCUGCCUGGCGUGCAUGGCGUCCUACUGCGAGACCCACCUCCGCCCACACCACGAGUCCCCCGCUCUGCAGAAGCACAAGCUGAUCGACGCCACGGGGAAGCUGCAGGAGAUGGUUUGCCCUCUGCACGGGAAGCUGCUGGAGGUGUACUGCCGCACUGACCGGCGCUGCGUCUGCCUGCUCUGCGUGAUGGACGAGCACAAGCAUCACGACACCGUCUCCGCCGUGGCGGAGUGGACCGAGAAGCAGAAAGAGGUGGCUGCAGAGAAAAGGAUAUCUCAGCAGAAGAUCCAGCAAAGAGAGAAGGAACUGCAGAAUGUGAGACAAGCAGUGGAAUCACUUUCACGUACAGCACAGACAGCAGUGGGCGACAGCGAAAAGGCCUUUAGCGAUCUAGUCUGCCUUUUUAAGAAAUGGUGCUCCAAGGUGAAAAAGGCUAUUAAAGAUCAGGAGAGGGCUGUCACCUGUUGGGCCAGAGGCCUCCCGGAGAGACUGGAGCAGGAGAUAGCGGACCUGAGGGCGAGAGAGGCCGAGCUGGAGCGACUGUCACACGCAGAGGAUCACAUCCACUUUCUCCAGAGUUGGCAGCCUCCCUGUGCCCGUCCUGGAUCUAGCGAUCCUCCAUGCGUUAACGUGGGUCCACACCUCUCCUUUGAGUCUGUGAGCAGAGCCGUCUCCGAGCUGAAGAAGCGGGUGGAGAAAGUGUGCGAGGAGGAGUUCAUCAAGAUCUUAGAAGAAGUCUCCAUAGUGAAUAAAGAGGAUGUUCGUCCACCUGCAAAACGCAAGGCCGGAGCAGCAGUUUCACCAGUCUUCAAAGUGAAUGCAGUGGACGGUCCAUCUCCGAAACGGAAAGCCAAAGCAGCAGUUUUACCAGUCUUCAAAGUGAAUGCAGUGGAUGGUCCAUCUCCGAAACAGAAAGCCAAAGCAGCAGUUUUACCAGUGAAUGCAAUCAAUUUUCCCCAGAUCCCAGAGCCCAGGACCAGAGCAGAGUUCUUACAGUAUGCCUACUGGCUAACUCUGGACUCAAACACAGCGCACAAGGAGCUGACUCUCUCUGGGGGUGACAGGGUGGUGAAGCGGACAGGACCGAAUCGGAAGUGUCCCCCGCACCCAGAGAGGUUCACCUUCAAGUGCCAGGUGCUCUGCAGGGAGGCUCUGGCCGGAAGGCGCUUCUACUGGGAGGCAGAAGUGCAGGGGAAGGAGGCUGAAAUAGGGCUCACCUACAAGGGCAUCAACAGGAGAGGCAGGGACAGGUCGUCUUCAUUCGGCGGGAAUACCAAGUCAUGGAGUCUGGACUGCAGAAAUAGUGCCUACUCUGUUUGCUACAACAACAACGGACUCCAGUUAGCUGUCCCCUACUGCCCAAAAAUAGGGGUGUAUCUGGACCACCCUGCUGGAAUUCUGUCAUUUUACAGCGUCUCUGACAUCAUGACCCUCAUCUACAGGACCUCGACUGUCACCUUCACUGAGCCAGUGUAUGCUGGGUUUUGGAUUGGGGAACAAUGCACCGUUAAACUGGUAAAUCUGUGA